GCCUCAUGAUGAAGUACAUUCCGUGUUUGCUGCUUUUUUCAAUUAUUGGGAACCAACUUUUCUGUGGACUGGCCCUUCUACUGGACCCUAAUUGUGGCAAAAGACAAUUUGAAUGGCGCAUAGUAAACGGACAUGAUGCUGAAUUGAACUCGACACCAUGGAUGGCUUUCCUACACAAUCCAUUACAGUUCUUGUGCGGCGGUUCACUUAUCACGAGAGAAUUUGUGCUCACCGCUGCUCAUUGUGUGAUGCCCAUUCCCAAGAACUUAACGGCUCGCCUGGGAGAGUAUGAUUGGACCCGUGAAAUUGACUGCAUUAAUGAGCAUACAUGUGCCCCAAGAUACGAGGAACACAGGGUCAGUAGGAUAUAUACGCAUCCCAGUUACAGAUCGGUUGGUGCCUAUGACAUAGCGUUGUUAAAACUGCAACAGCCAGUUUCGUAUACAGGUGCCAUACGUCCAAUAUGCUUGGUAAUGCCUAAUUAUAAGGACCAAUGGUAUUCGUUUGUGAAUUCCGCAAAAGAAUUCAAUGUGACUGGCUGGGGUGCGACGAAAACUGCACCUGUAAGCCACAUACUCCAAACCGCCCGACUCACCCAAAUCGAUCGAGGAGUCUGCCACGACCAGCACGGAUUUUCCGUCGAUCACACCCACAUCUGUGCCGGGAGUAGCAAGUCCGCUCCCUGCAUCGGAGACUCAGGCAGCCCCCUUGGGAUGGAGGUGCGGCUCAAUGGAAGAUACGUCUACGCCCAAGUGGGACUUGUCAGCCGUGGAGACAAGUCUUGCGAUGGAGUUACCGUCUUCACCAAUGUUCUGAGCUUCACCGAGUGGAUUGCUAGGACCAUUUCCUACGACGCGAAGUACAUGUCCUAACCAAAAGCUAGUAGCAGGUCGAAAGAUUGAAAAGCUGUGAAGAUUUUUGUAUAAAAAACUAGUUGCCUAUCACCAAAGAUAUUCAAAUAAUACUCUGUAAUAUAAUAUUCUACUGUCUUUGCCAUAACACUGAUGGCUUUGGAAAGUGUGCGCCUGGUAGAAACUAUAAUCAAAUGUAUUUCGUAGUUAAGAUUGACGAAAUUUGUAUAUUUCAAUUAGUUUUUCAAUGCUAUAACUUUAAAGCAGCUUCUUGUAAACAAUUCUCAAACAAACGCAAGAGUUUAUGUUAAAGUCCCAAAUCAGUUUAGGAAUCUCUUUUAAUCGCAAAAGCCGCAUAAAAGGCAGA